GUGAUUGGUUGUCGCGUGGCUACGCCGUUACGUAUAUAAAGAACGCAGACGCCGAGAAAAUCAAUCGACGUUCCGACUUCGUUGAGUCCACGACUUGUACGCAGAGUUUCGUUGCAACUGAUCUCAUCAUGCCACCGAAAGCUAGUGGUAAAGCGGUGAAGAAGGCGGGCAAGGCUCAGAAGAACAUCAGCAAAACCGACAAGAAGAAGAGGCGCAAGAGGAAGGAGAGCUACGCCAUUUACAUCUACAAGGUACUGAAGCAAGUACAUCCGGACACUGGAAUCUCCAGCAAAGCUAUGAGCAUCAUGAACAGCUUUGUCAACGAUGUAUUCGAGAGAAUCGCCGCGGAAGCGUCGAGAUUGGCGCAUUACAACAAGCGCUCAACGAUCACCUCUCGGGAGAUCCAGACCGCUGUGAGGCUCUUGUUGCCCGGUGAAUUGGCGAAGCACGCAGUCAGCGAAGGCACGAAAGCAGUAACCAAGUACACUAGUUCAAAAUGAAGCAAUAUUUAAUAUAUUGCAUACGCAUAUCGGCCCUUUUCAGGGCCAACAAAUCCUUAAAACAUGGAAAUCUCUCGUUUUCUCUGUAAUAAUCUAUAUCCAUAUCCCCGUCUUUAGUAAUAAACGUAGAUAAAACGUUAAAGCAUAAAU